AAAUGUCUCGCUCAUUUUUAAUGGAUUCUUUGCUCAGCGAUAAUAUGCCCCUGAAAAAGGAUACUUUGGGCUCUCCAACUGCUGUGACACCGGUUGCCACAAAUGCGGCACAUGCUGCCGCCGCUGCUGCAGCAGCAGCUGCAAUGUUGCCCCAAAUCCCCAUGCUGCCAUAUCCGGCCAGCUAUGUGGGCAGUUAUUUGUUCUCCUUGGGUAUUCAACAACAACAGCAGCAGCAACAACAACAAGCCGCAGCAGUAGCUGCUGCCGCUCUACAACAACAAUCCUAUCAUCCCUAUGCCACACUUUUGGCUCAAAAGCGUAAAGCUUCAGCUGCCUUUGACACCGCAUACAACAGCCUUCCUGCCACCAUCUUACCCAAUGCCACAAUUCCCUAUGGCCAAAUUUUGCCAUUGGGAGCUGACAAUGUCUAUUGUACCUCACCAUCAGCCUCCUCGUCAACCUCUACCAUGGAUUAUCCCUCCAACGAUGAACAACAAACAAAACGUUAUCGCCAUGAUUCCUCCUGUUCACCAUCCAGUUCCCCACUGAAACCCACACAGACAAACAACAGUCACCAAACCAUCUGUCCCACAUCAUCAUCCGGCUCACCAAAUGUGGAUAUUACUCCUGUCGUUUCCGAUUAUGCCGAUUCCAGCAAACGCAUUCGCACCGCAUUCUCCAGCACCCAACUCUUGGAAUUGGAGCGUGAAUUCUCCAUGAAUCCCUAUCUGUCACGUUUGCGUCGCAUUGAAAUUGCCAACCGUUUGCGUUUGUCCGAGAAACAAGUUAAAAUCUGGUUCCAAAAUCGUCGUGUCAAGCAAAAGAAAGGUUCCGAAUCACCAACCUUCAAUAUGUCCGGCAAUAAUCCCUCCAGUCCAUCGCAAUCACCCAAACAACAUGACGAUUGUUCACCAUCGAAAUCUGUGGAAAUCAAAAGGGAACAAUAA